AACAAAAUCAUAUCUCUAAACAAAGCCCUCAAAUUUCCAAAAAGAAACACAGGAAAUGCAAUAUUCCUCCCUCUGUGGAUGGCCUGGGGAGAAGUGGAAGCGUUCUAGUUUAAGAUAUUCCAAUCUCCAACAACUUCACCAUUUUUUUCCUCUUUUUUAUGCUAAACAACAACUGCACCAUUUUUCUCUUCUUUAUGAUGCCAAACAACAACUUCACUAUCAUUUCCAGCCAAAUAACAACUCCACGAAAUGCUCUAACAUUCUCUGAUCACUAUAUAUACAGGAGACCAAAAACAAUUGUGCAUCCUGAAUUUAGAAAAACAUUUUCUUCUUCAUUAUACAUCAGAAAAUCCCUUGAAAUCCAAGGUUGAAAUCCAUAAUUCUCAACAUGUUCAAGCAAUCUUCAAUAUCCAUUUUCCUUGCAAUGGUAUUUGCAGCCAUACAUGCUAUUGUAGAUGCAGUUGAUCCUGCACCAGUAGGAGAGCCAAUUCUCGAGUUAUACAUGCAUGACAUUCUUGGAGGCAGCAAUCCCACAGCCAGACCCAUCACUGGCUUGCUAGGCAACAUAUACAGUGGCCAAGUGCCUUUCGCAAGGCCUCUAGGUUUCGUUCCCCCUCAGAAUGGUGUUGUCAUCCCCAACGCCAAUGGCGCAAUCCCAACCGUCAACAUCAAUGGCAUUCCCUUGGGUACUGGCUUAGCAGGUACAGCUUUUACUGGUCAAAACAAUGUCAAUAACAAUGGUAAUCCAAUCACUACCCAACUUGGACCUGAUGGCCUGGGACUCGGCUUUGGAACAAUAACUGUGAUUGAUGAUAUUUUAACCUCUUCACCUGAGUUUGGCACCCAGCCAUUGGGGCAAGCCCAGGGAGUGUAUGUUGCAAGCUCUGCUGAUGGGAGUACACAGAUGAUGGCAUUCACAGCUAUGAUGGAAGGAGGGGAAUAUGGUGAUAGCUUGAACUUCUUUGGAGUUUACAAGAUUGGAAGUACCAUGUCACGUCUGUCAGUUACAGGAGGCACUGGCAACUUCAAGAAUGCUUGUGGGUUUGCGGAAGUCCGAUCACUCAUACCAUCUGGGCAGCAUGUUAUAGAUGGUGCAGAGACAUUGCUGAGGCUCACAGUCCAUCUUACUUAUUGAGAUUGUUUUGCUACUCAACAGAAACAUGUUGGUUUGUUUGUGUGAAAAUUGAGUGAGCUUGUUGUGCAUUUCAUCAUAUCAACAUACCAUUGCUCAAAAAGAAACAAAAAAUUAUGUUUCCAUCUUAUCUAUUCAUGAAUUUGUUGUCAA